AGAAAACAUAACUAUCUAAAAAGAAUGAAUAAAUGGACUGUUAAAAAUUGUUAAUAGCUAAAAAUGCUUUAUAUUUUAGCUUGAAGAUACCCAAGAAAAUUCUCCAUGGGGACAGUUGAAAAUGCUUUCCUGCCUUUGAAAAAUUAAGGCAACUGAAUGUUCUGGAAUACGACUACUGAAAUUCUUGAAAACAAAAUCAAUUUUUUAAUUUCAACAAACAUUUGUUGAGUGCCUCAUACUACAAAACAUUAGAUAAGGCCCUACAGCACACAAAGAUGGAGGAAACAGUGGGCACAAUCCUCUGCCAGUAAAGAUACCACUAAUUCCUCUUGGGAUUAGGAUGUUUCAUUACUCAUGAUCUCCCACCUUGGCAGCAUAUAAUUCAAUAAUUUUAAUUUAACAUAUAGUGUUACAAAAGAGACUGCUUUCUUAUACUUCACAUUCAACAAGCAAUAAUAUGCUUUUGUUAACUCUGAGUAUUUCUACUAUAUUUCAAUAUAGACAGUGUCCACAUUGAUAAUAAAAGUGGUUGUAAUGCUAGAACAAAAACUGCAAAGGAGUACCUAUGUAUCCCUAGGUCGUUCACAUGCAAAGUAUUAUAUUUUGGGCCACACUGGCCACCGAGCACAUUUGAGGUGGCCUCUUUUUCACUAAUGGGUAUAUGAGGAACAUGAAUAAAUUUUGAGAUAACCUAAUCAAAACAUAACUCAUAAUUAGAAAUGUAAAUUGAUUGUUACCGGGGCAAGGAGAGAUCCCUAAAAUGUCCUUCAAUAUUUGAGAUCACUAAUGACUAUGUUCCCUAGAGUUUAAAACGAAAAAAAGAAACACACACACUUGUCAUUUUUUAUAAUGGUUUUGUCACAAUUCAAAAUAGACAAAACAGAACAGCAAACAUAAAAUUUCAACUGCUCCCUCUUUUCUCUUUGAAAGAGCCUGAUAGAUCAGGGAAAAAAUAGCAUCAAUACGGGCCAUGAAAAUAUGCGAACUCAAAUACUCAUGGUUGGAGGGGGAGAGUGGGUAUCCUCCUGCUAUGGCAUAAGCAAAUAUUAAAGCAUUAAAAUGUUAACAGGGAUCUUGCCCAGGGUGUAGGUGGUGCAAAAGAACAAAUGUAUGAAUAUUUCUAACAGAGGUCUCGUCAGUGUGCAACAUGUAAGGCAGUUACUUAAAUGUGUAGAAAUCGAAUCAACCUUUUCUGCUGUCCGUCACAGGAAGAAUUCAGUAAGAGGUAGUAAAGGUACACUAACAUCUUCUAGGAUCAAACUUACAGCCCAUAAUUAAGCGAUGGAUUGAGUAAGUAUAAUCCCCCACUGACACUUAGGGGUGAAGUACCAGACAAAAACAAGAUUUUCCUUUGUCUUAGGUUUGAAGAGGGAAGGAUGAAGAGGGACUUGAAUUAAGGAACUUUUAUAAAGUAAGACAGCCUACUGGGAGUAAAACUUGAAGCAAAAAGAAGGCAGAGAGCACGGAGAGGAAUAAAAACAGAAAGGAAAGGAGCAAAGAAUGGCAAGAAAUAGGACAGUGGAAGUUUUCGGAGAUGACAAGUGUGAGAGAGAAGAAGAAAUGAGCAAGAAGACAUAGAGACGGAUAACGUAAAGCAAUGGUCAGAGAAUGACCGCCAGGCCAAAAAAGGCUGUUUUCAAAAGAAAACAAGAGAAGUUGUAAGACUGACUGUCCCAAGAACUAUACGCUCAUUUAUACCAGAAAACAGACAAGAGAAGAAGAGGCUGCUGAAGACAAAAACUUCUCUGCAAACACCUGUGCACGGCAAUGUGUGUGGGCAUCUGUGAGAAGAAGGGAAUCUGUGAAGUUUGAGCAAGCGGCCUUCCCAAGAUGUACCGAAUAUCUCAACUGAUGUCAACACCAGUAGCAAGUUCUUCCAGGUUGGAAAGAGAAUAUGCUGGAGAACUGUCUCCCACGUGUAUUUUCCCAAGUUUUACCUGUGAUUCCCUGAAUGGUGACCAUUCUUUUGAAUGCAGCUCCGUAGAUCCCCUGACAGGCUCCCACUAUAUCUGUCGCCGAAGUCCCAGACUCCUCACCAAUGGCUACUAUAUUUGGAACGAAGACAGCUUCCUGUGCGACAAAGAUGGCAACAUAACUCUGAACCCAUCCCAGACCAGUGUUAUGUACAAAGAGAACUUAGUUAGGAUAUUUAGAAAGAAAAAGAGAAUCCGUCAUCCCUUUUCUUCUCUCUUCAACCUCAGUACCUCCAAACCUUGGCUGCAUGGAAGUAUCUUUUGUGACGUCGACUCUUCUCCAAGUGAGGACAACUGGUUGGAGGGGAUCAAGAGGUUGGACACAGACCAUUGCAAUGGAAAUGAAACCAGUUUGUUGCAAGAGGUCUUCUUUCAGACCAUCCUGCUUGCUGUGUGCUUAAUCAUUUCUGCAUGUGCAAGAUGGUUUAUGGGAGAAAUAUUAGCCAGUGUCUUCACGUGUUCAUUGAUGAUAACUAUAGCUUAUGUGAAAUCAUUGUUUCUCAGUCUUGCCAGCUAUUUCAAAACCACUGCCUGUGCUCGGUUUGUCAAAAUUUGACAACCAUUUACGAAUGCCUUCGAUGAAUGUACUCCAUCUGAGUAUCCGGAAAUUGUCCAACUUGCAGUCUACUUGGAAUCAAGUGUUUUAUUGAAAGGGAGUAAGCAAGUAAUUAAGAAAAAUCCAUUUUAGUUGGACUAUGUGAUUUUAAAAUGAUCUCGGUUUUUCCAUCAAAAUUAUAACAUGCUCAUGAAAAUAAUAUUAAUUUGCCUUCCCUUUGCAAACACCAGCAGUUGAAAGGGAAAGGACAGGGAAUGUGAUGGAAAAGAGACCGCCUGGAAUAAAUGUUCCCCUAUGAUUCUCUAAGGCAGUGGUUCUCGAGCUUGAAUUUUCAUUAGGAAAUUCUGUGAGGCGCUUGUAACCAGAUUCAUGUAUCUGCCACAUGCACCUAUCUCUUGCUGAAUUGCUUUAAUAGAACAAUGAGAGCAAGUUUGUCUAAUUAAUACCAACCUGGCAACUUGAAUAACAAUAAAUACAAUUUGUACAUAAAAUAUAAUGCUGCAAAAGUUUGUCAUUCACCUCAAUGGAGUGACUUGAUAUUAGAUGGUAACAGUAGGUGAUGGUUGAUACGAAAAUGGAUAGGAAAGAAGCGUUUUCUGAAAGUUAUAUUCUUUUGAACCACUUUCUAAACCAAGUUUUUAAUCUUGGGGCUCAUAAUUACCUUUCACUUAAAUUACACUUAAAGAUAUAACACAGAAAAACACCUUAAGGACAAAAUAAAGGCAAAACACCAGAGCACUUUGAAAUGCAUGAAAAUGGUGCAGCUGUACCCUGGAGCCUUGACUCAAGGGCUCUAGAAAAUGUUCCCUUUGUACCCCCCACACUUGGUGCAUGUUCACAAAGCAAAUAUGGCCUGCCAUUCAAAUUUGUUCUAUGUGAUAUUCUCUGAGUAAAAACUCUUAUGUGCAGAAAAUUGUCUUUGCUCAAAAUGGUAAUGCCAAAAUGUAACUUUAUAUAUAAUUUGCAUUUAGUGCAUUUUUUGCUUAAAAAAUAAACUAAUAAAUAAGUGGAGUCACCAGCAAA